AUGGUGUCCGAGUGCCUGUUCUCGCUGGUCAAUGGCGAUGACAUGUUCGCCACGUUCGCGGCGUUGCGGCCGAGCGGCGCUCUGGUGUGGCUCUUCAGCCAGGUCUACCUGUACUCGUUCAGCGCGCUCUUCAUCUACAUGGUGCUCAGCCUCUUCAUCGCCCUCAUCACCGGCGCCUACGACAGCAUCAAGAGCCAGUCCGAUGGUGACAUCCCGGUGUCCCAGCUCCAGGCCUACAUCGCUCAGUGCCAGGACAGCCCCAGAUCCGGAAAGUUCCGCCGGGACAGCUCCGCCUCCUGCUCCGCCCUCUGCUGCUGCGCCCGGUGCGGGGAUUUGGGAAUUUUGGGGAAAAUUUAGGAAUUUU